CUAAUGAGCUGCCGUCGGUGAAGUAUCAGCUGACCACCUCGUUGCUAAGACCAAAACAGCUAACACUAGCUUCGUUGCUACUGGUCGUACGUUUAUGACAGGAAAGGGCGGUGUAACGAUGUGCGCAACGGUACGAUAUUAAUCACGAGUCACUUUUGUGACACUGCAUUUGUUUUUGGGUUUUUUUAUCGUGUAGGACAAUAAUAACAUUGUUAGUUGUGGAGACAUCUACCUUGUUGGGCUAGUGCGGGGCUACAGUGGCAGUUGCUAACAGGCUAGCUGACCUAUAUCUGCAGAUCCUGACUUUGACUUGGAUUUGAAAGCGUCGGGCCACCAGCCAGAGUAAAAACCUUAACCGGAGAAUGAAAAUGCCUUUUAUCUGAGGAUGGGAGGAAGUGGAUCCAAAGCCAAAGGUGCCUGGCCUUUCUCAGGCAGUGGAUCUGGCGGCGAUUCAGCCAGCGAAGGGAACGAGCAAACUUUGGCCCGUCUCAAAGGUUCCAGAAAUGCCACCCCAUUUGUUUUUACCAGGCGGAGUUCUUUAUAUUACGAUGAGGACGGUGACCUUGCACACGAGUUCUAUGAAGAGACCGUGGUGACAAAAAACGGCAGAAAGAAGUCCAAGUUGAAGAGGAUCCAGAAAAAUUUGAUUCCACAGGGAAUUGUCAAGCUCGACCACCCCUGCAUUCAUGUAGAUUUCCCCAUCAUCCUCUGUGAGGUGUAAAACAAAGCAUCCGAUCUGAAUGAUCUGCCACGAGGUGCAGCCGCAGGUAUUCAUCUCAGAGUGUCGUCCCAGUCACGGUCCAGACUGGAACUGCUGUCAUAUGAAACUGAUAUAUUGAAAUGUUAUACAUUUCAGUUCAGCUGUUCAGAGUUUCCUCUUCACUUCAAUCCAUAUCUUAAGAGUCACAAUAAGUAGUGAUGGUACAGAUUGUCUUUCCAGUACCCAGCUGACAUGUAAGCAGACUUAAAGAAUACAUUCAAUA